UCCAUUAUCAUUUAAAUUCGAGCCAUACUCCGCCCCCUUCACUCUCUCAGUUCCGACACUUCUACCGAACAAUCCUAAAUGCCUACCCUCUUCGCCGGUGUAUCCCGGCGCCGGCGAAUCCUCCCUGCUGCGAUCACUCUCCUUGUAGCAUUCAACCCCGUCAUCGCCUUCCAGUACAAAGUCGGCGAUCUCGAUUCAUGGGGCAUUCCCCCUCCUUCCCUCCCUAACCUCUACGCCCACUGGGUUCUCAACCACCAUUUUCACAUGGGCGAUUCUCUCCUCUUCCUCUACCCGCCGAGUCAGGACAACGUGGUUCAGGUCACGGAAAGGGCUUUCAAUGCCUGCAAUGUGACGGAUCCGAUCUUGAAAAUGGAGGAUGGAAACUCGAUUUUUAAUCUCAGCACUCCGGGAACGUUCUACUUCACGAGCGGCGUUUCGGGGCAUUGUGAUAAGCGGCAGAAACUACAGAUCGCUGUUCCGGAUGCGAAUGGAACAUACUUCCAGCCGACGAAUGGGCCGGCGGCAGAGGCUGAAGGACCGGCGGCGUUCCCGUUGGUGUUUGGACCGACGCCGGGUGGGAGUUCUGCUGCGCCGGAGCGUUUGUCGGUCUCUCUCGCCGGCAGGUUUGCUGUGGCCAUUGCUACUUUCUGCUGCUUAUUUCGAAUGGUGUGAUUGGGAUGGUAUGUGGAUCUGUAUCGAUUCGGUAUAUUUCUGGGUUUUCUUUA